GCUUUCAUAGCACAAUCGCCUAAUCCACUCCAACCCAUUUGCAACUCAAUGAGAUACCUUUCCAAUUUGCACCACAAAAAUUUAUUCCAUAUUUAAUUACUUCUUUAGUUUUGAUGGGCACUUUUUUGUACGUUCCAAUUCCUCUGCCAGUCAUUGGCAUAUUAGCUCUCUCUCUCUCUCUCUCUCUCUCUCUCUCUCUCUCUCUCUCUCUCUCUCACAUCAGCCAUGGACGCCAGAGCUCUACCGAUUCUAGUUCUGUUCAUCACCCAAUUUGCAGUUGCUUCAGUGUCCCAUGCAGCAGCGGAGCCGACGUCAGUUCAACCGCCAACCGGGAGGCUGCGGCCCGCGGGGCAAACGGAGUACCGGGUGUUCAAGGGAGCCAACGCAACCGGCGACUCGCUGCUGCCGGCGACGGCCUUCCAGGUGUGCGCGCGGUGCAAGUGCUGCGGCGCCGGGGUAUGUACCGAGGUCCCUCAGUGCUGCUACGGCAUCCAGUGCGAUCUCCCCGAUAAACCCUACGGCGUCUGCGCUUUCGAGCCCUUGACCUGCAACUGUACCUCUUGCCCUAGCUAGUAGCUUGCUCAAGCUUCUUCAAGAAGAAGAAGAGGAAGAAGAAAAAGUAAUUCGGAAAGUUGCGGAUAAGAAUUUCGAGAUAAGUCGCUAUAAUCACGUUCUUUGUAAAUGAUAAAUCAGAUAUGAGACAGAAUAAGUUUUAUAGUCGGUCCAAUUUAGUUCUUGGUGAUUGAUUUUAGAGUUUCGAUUUCUUGGUGGAUCAAAUUUGUGUUUAAUUGAAUAUAAGGUUGCUUAAUGGGUCGUGGGGGUGUGUAUGUAUUUAUAUAUAUAGAUAUGGUUUAUAAGUUUUCUUCUUGAAGAGAGUAAAGAUUGAAGUGGGGAAUUGGGCUGUACCCUUUUUUAAA